GCCAGCGGGCGGGCGCCCUGAGCGAGAGGCAGGGCCGAGCCCAGAGUUGCUUUGAGGUCACGUGGAGAUGAAGUAUGGAGUCGCCUUUGAUAACUUCACCUGAGAAAGAGAGAAAUGCAAAGGUCAUAAGGAAAACCAGUGACCAAAGAAAUCAUGCUGGAAGUUAGCGCUACACCUUCUUCGGACCAUCAAGACAACGGCUUGUGCUGUAAAGAAAAUGAUUUGUUUGUCAACAUUAUUUUUUUUAUCAGUUUAAAAAAAUCUUUUUUUUAAGCUACAUAAAUCUCUCUUAAAAUUCAACACAUAUAAAAACCUGUAAGGCCUUGUUUAAAACAGCCUUCCCUUUUAGUUUUCAGACGUACUGUUUCUGUACCCUGUUUUUACUGGACAAAGUCCUCAAAAUCGACAGCACCAGGGCAGAGAUGGACUGGGAAGCGUGCGUCAUUGUAACAGACUGCAGGGGAUCCACGUGGACCGUUCACGAUGUCAUCUCUGUGAUCAGAAACGCCACAUAAGAGUAUAAUUCUCAGCUUUAAUGCCAACAGAGUUGCUUGGAAAUGGCAUGGGUGAAGUUCCUACGGAAGCCCGGCGGCAACCUGGGGAAAGUGUACCAGCCUGGGAGCAUGCUGUCGCUGGCCCCCACCGUGGGCUUGUUCAACGAGCCCGGGCAGAACAGCUGCUUCCUGAACAGCGCGGUGCAGGUGCUGUGGCAGCUGGACGUUUUCCGGAGGAGCCUGCGGGCUCUGAGCGGGCACGCGUGCGAGGGCGACGCCUGCAUAUUCUGUGCGCUGAAGACCAUGUUCGCUCAGUUCCAGCACAGCCGGGAGAAGGCCCUGCCAUCGGACAAGGUGCGGCAUGCCCUGGCCGAGAGCUUCCGCGCGGAGCAGCGGUUCCAGCUGGGCCUCAUGGACGACGCCGCUGAGUGCUUUGAGAACAUCUUGGAGAGGAUCCACUUCCACCUCGCGCCCAGCCGCGACGCAGACCUGUGCACCUCCCGGAGCUGCGUCACCCACCGCAAGUUCGCCAUGACGCUCUACGAGCAGUGUGUGUGCCGUAGCUGCGGGGCUUCAUCAGACCCUCUGCCUUUCACAGAGCUCGUGCGGUACAUUUCGACGACGGCCCUGUGCAAUGAGGUUGGGAGGCUGAUGGAGAGGCACGAGCGGCUGAGGCCCGAGCUGUUCGCGGAGCUGCUGCAGGCGGCCCACACCUCUGACGACUGCAGGAAGUGCCCUAGUAACUGUGGCCAGAAGAUAAAAAUCCGCCGUGUCCUCAUGAACUGCCCCGAGAUCGUCACCAUCGGCCUGGUCUGGGAUUCCGAGCACUCCGACCUCACCGACGACGUCGUUCGGAACCUGGCGACGCAGCUCCACCUUCCCGGGCUUUUUUACAGGGUUACUGAUGAAAAUGCCAAAAACAGCGAACUGCACCUCGUCGGCCUGAUCUGCUACGCCAGCCGGCACUACUGCGCCUUCACCUUCCACACCAAGACCUCCAAGUGGGUGCUGUUUGACGACGCGAACGUCAAGGAGGUGGGGACGAGAUGGAAGGACGUGGUCUCCAAGUGCGUCCGCUGCCGCUUCCAGCCGCUGCUGCUGUUCUACGCCAACCCCGAGGGCACGGCCGUCUCCACCGAGGACGCGCUCACGCAGGUGGUCAGCUGGCCGCAUCAGAAGCCUGUUGCAGAGAACAUGGUUAAGUCAAGUUACAGUGAUCAAAGGGAAAGAAUCAAAGACCUCUCCAGGGAAUGUGCGUUGAAAGCCCUUGAUCAGAAAAACCUACUGUCCUCACGAAGAGAUUCGGGUCGACACAGAGGUGCCCCCGAUGGAGACCCCCCGCCUUUGAAGCCUGGAUCACCUCCUGCCCCGAAUGGCUUCAGACAACAUGGCAAUCCCCCUGCGUCCCACGGUCAGGGGAAGGGGCCGCGCAGACACGAGCCACUGGCCCAGCAGGGCCGAGCUGCUGCCCAGGUGCCGAGUCCCAGUCGACCGCCGGCGCCGGCUCCGGGGGAGCAGGGGGCCGGCAGAGCGCGGAGCGACGGCGGCACUGGGUACGACACAGACAGCAGCCACGACUCUCGGGGUAAAGCAAGCAGCCACGAUGGCAGCAGCCGGAGCCGGAGCCGAGGCUGGAAGCCCAUGAGAGAAACCUUAAACGUCGACAGCGUUUUCAGCGACAGUGAGAAGCAGCAGCACAGUCCGAGACAUAAGCCCAGUGUCGGCGGCACGCCCCAGGGCAGCAGAGGGCGGGGCUUUCCCAGCUGGCCCCACGGGAGCCCGACGCAGAAGGGCUUGAUGACCAUAUACGAGGAGGAGAUGAGGCAGGAACUGGGAAGCAGGAGCUCCCUGGAACGGGAGGGACAAGGAGCGGAGAGAAGCAGAGGCCCCAGGGAGGCGCAGAGGCCCGAGUCCGGCUACGAGAGCAGCGAUCGCGUCAGUACCGGCUCUGCCGGCCUGGACUCCCCUGGUGUCGAGGGCAGUGGCGCCAGGGACGCGGCGUCCCUCAGUGACCAGAUCAAGACAAGCAACGGAAACGUGGAACAUGUGAACUGUACCUCCCAACAGAGUAAAAGCCACCUAGAAGGCUGUAGAAAAGAAGUUAAGAACUUGGAAGUGGGCUGUGAAUCUCCUGAGUUCUGCCCAGAACCACAUCUACAAAUAAAAAAUGCUUUGACUAAAAGGUGCCAUGGACGGGACCCCAGUGGAAAGGCACUCCCUGUGCCCAGGCCGCCAGUGCUCAGGGACCGCACGGCUGGGGAGCAGGCCCACCAGUCCGAUGGACAGAAACCUGAAAACUCAAGCGGAUGCAAAUCCUCUGAGAGGGCGAGUGUGGGAAAUUCUGAGAGAACAGCUUUACUUUUCCACGCGGAUGAUGGUUCUGCCCCUGGAAUGAGACCGAACAGUGAUGAUGUCGCCUCGCCAGCCUCAGUGUGGCCCCCACACGUGAGAACUAGGGGGGUGAAGCCCAGCACCGCCCCCCGCCCCCCGCCGCGCCCUGCCGUGGAACAGUGUUACCCCGAGAGCUCGCCGCCCAGCGAGCGUGGGGCGCGGGCCCCGGGCAGGGCCGACGGUGGUCAGCUGCCGAAGCCCGUUUGCCAGGACCUCCCGCCCCCUCUGCCACCAAAACAGUACGCCAGGGGCAGCGUGCCACAGGCCGGGAACCGCGGCCCGGCAGCUGGUGUGGGGCUGCCAGAGCCGCCCGGGGCCACCUCUGCUGACCUUCCGAAGCAGGGUGCGGGCGCCCCCGAGCCGGGUGCAGCAGCGGCCGCUCGGAAGGAGGACCAGGGGCUCCGGGGGACGCCCCCGGGGAGAGAGCCCGUGGGUGCCACCCGGGACUGCCCGGCCAGCGCAGUGGCCAGCGGGCUCCAGGCCGGCGCGGGCUCAGUGGUCGCUGUGUUGUGCCAACCAGAGGUAGACCCCGGUGCUCCCUGUCCAGUCUCGCUCACUACCUACUUUUCUGUCGACAGCUGCAUGACUGACACGUACAGGCUGAAAUACCAUCAGCGGCCCAAGCUCUGUUGUCCGGAGAGCACCGGCCCCUGUGAUGAGAAUUCGGUAUCUCAGAGCGAGAGGGGGCUAGGACCUGUGUCGCACAGCAGUCUUGGUUCAAACCGCCCUUCUGAGCAAAGACACAAGCCUAGUAUACAUUGUGACAGGUAAAGGACCACACCAGGAACCUUACAUUCCCAGAGGCCAUUAAACAGUAGGAAUCGACUGACCGAACCUAGUGACACAUGCAGUUCAAGCCAUGGUAUCUUAAAAGUCAUCAGUUUAACUGUCUAUAUUUUUUAUUUCAUGACAAUCAACUUCCUGAAUGUUUUAGAAAUCCCUUUGAGUAGUCUUGGCAUAUCUCGAAAAACAGAACAUGAGGGGUGUGCUGCAGCUGGAUACACAUGGACUCUGUCGCCGUCCCUUGUGGCUGGUGGCCCUCGUGUGUGGAUGGUGAACUGCUAGCGGGCGAUGCCAGGGAGGUGUGGUUUGAGCAGGCCACGCGGGACGGGCUGAAGAAGCACUUUGCGGUGGGGGACGCAGGGACGCUUCGCCGUGGCGCUCUGGCUUCUGUGAACGCCAGCUUCCUGUGGUCUCCAGUGUCUUAGAAGGCACCGACCCAUGGGAUUGAUAGCAUUUGGGGGAAAGCCUUAACGAUAAGAGAUUUAAAAUUCACUUCUGCAGUUCAGAACAGAAGCAGCUCAGUUUUGCUCGUCUUCAGAACGCCUGUCAGCGUGGAGCCGGCCUUUGACUGUUGUAGUGAUGAACGCUACUACAGCCCGGUAAGCCAAACGUAAUUAAAGUAGUUUUACAAUAAUGCUUCUGUCUUGUUACAUCCCCCCCGCCCCAUUUUAUAUGCAAUGUGAAUGGUUUUUAUUUUGGUUUGUUUACGUUGGGCUGCUGAUAUCCAGGGUCAGGAACUGACCUGGUGCCCCCCUGGGAACCUCACUGUGGCCUCACUGACUGCCCGCCUCUUCCCUGUCUAUAGGUUGGCGACCCAUUUUGUUGACUUUCUGAUUCUUGGCUCUGAAAAUCUUUCUGGGUUUCCAGAUAAAAUUUCUGUCUU